AAAGGUGUGUUUUGCCAUGGGUUCGACGAGUUAUCUCACGAAGCCGAAGAUGAGUGGAUAUAGAACGAAAAGCGGGUCCAGUGUUGGGUCCGAUAAGGAGAUUAACGGAAAACUGCGACGGACUAAAGUCAGGAGGCCGAAAAUGGACUAUGGAUUGAAGAGAGUGCCAGAUUAUACUGAGCUGGCCUAUAAGGAGGCUGUGUCGAAGCUCAGAUAUUUCUUAUCUGGGAACUAUGCCCCUAGUAUCCGCAGCUACGGCGGUUCGGCCUCCAUUAAGAACUUGGACGAGUCCGAUGGAGACCUAGACAAGAAAUAUUUGCUAGAGAAACCCCGUCCACGUCUCACGGCUAAAUAUGCGUCGCUGUAUGCUGAUAGUCUGAACUAUACGCCGCUCACAGGAAAAUCAAUUCCGAUGCCUCCAGCAACAGCUCCGGCAGACCUAACCGGUGGGACCAACCCGGACGUUGUCAACUUCAUCCAGAAGCAAGAAGAGUACAUCGAGCAGCUGGAGCGAGAGAGCCAAUACUGCAGGGAUGAGCUGAACAACCUUCUCGGUAAGGUGAAAGAAGUGAUAUCGGAAAACGAGCAUCUUCACGAAGCUCAGAAGAACAAGCUGAUUUCCCGAAUGUUUACUACUCAUGGAUCUGAGACUGAUGAUUUGGACGAUGUUGGAGAUAGUACUGGCUUGGAUAGUGAUCAUAAGGCCACGAUAACCAAGACACGCAAGCCGAAGACUCGAGCCACGAGACUCGAAGGACCUAAUAUAGUCUUCGAGUCACGCAUAUCAGAACUGGAGGCGCAGUUGGCGCAGUCGAAGAUCGACCUUAAGAAGGUUCAGGAUGAAAAUAAUGAAAACAAGCGUAAGCUUGCCUCUGGGCUCGUUGACUCAACUUGCCUUGACGGUUUCAAGCGACAGAUCGACAAUUUGCAAAGAGACAAGUCCUCCCUGGAGUCUCAAAUCGCCAAGCUGAAGAACAGCUUGGAACAGCGCGACGGUGACCUGGACGGGCGGUACAAGCGGAAUGACGUCAUCGAACAACAGUUGAGGGAUGAGAGGAAUAAUUUAGAAAACGAAGUUCGCAGGUUGAAGGAGGAUCUCGCGUCAGAACGCGCAAAAAUUCGUGAGUUGGUUGGCGAAGGAUCCCGUCGUGCCAUUCAAGAGCGUUCAGCAGCAGAACAGCGGUACAAUGCUCAUUGUGACUCGCUUCAACAUGAAUUAGCUGCACAAUACGACAGUGUAGCUAAGCUCCAGCUGGACCUGGAGCGUCAGCGUCGCGAAGAGAACGAACUGAAGCGAGAGCUCUCAAUGAAGAACUCCGCCAUCGAAGAGUUAAAGAUGGAACUAAAGAGCAAGACAGCAACGCUUCAAGCUGACUUAACUCAAGCUCAUGCUGAGAAGGCUUCUCUAGAAGAGGAGCUGGCUUCCGCUCGCCUGGCGAUCGAACGUCACCAACGCCAGGCUAAGCACGAGGCCAAUCGACUCAACUCGGAGAUUCAGUCAUUGCGUCAGCGCCUGGACCGUGCAGAUGCGGAUCUAGUUCACUCGCGGCGUGAGAAUCUCCGUCUCACUGAACAGAUCGCCACUCUUGAGAAGGAGCUAAACAUGAAGAGUUUAACUCCAAAUUCUCCUGAGAAGAACAAAAAAGAAAAAGAGGUGUCCUCAAUGUUAGAAUCAAUUGAGAACAAACACGCAAAAACGGUUGCCGAGUUGGAGUCCAUGAUACAUUCACAAAACAGUCUGAUGGAGAAACUCACCGGAGAAUGUCGUUUGCUCACAGACAAGCUAGACGACGCAAACCGUAGGCACAAGACGGAACUGGCAACUCUGCAGCGUCAAGUAGACACCCUGGGGCGCUCCAUGCAGUCACCUAGCCCUCGCACAGCACCAGCCACGCACGUACCCUCAACCGACCGAAAUGCACCUCCCGCCGCCGGUGGCGGACCAGACCAUCCCCGAGCUGACCCCACCAGACACCCCGACCAGCCAGACACCAGACCAGAUCCUAGAGACCACAGACCUCUGAGCAAACAAUCUUCCAGAACCUCCAUCAAAAAUUACAACAAAGAACCAGAUCACACUACCCAACCAGAUAGAACAUUUGUUGAAGAAGCACCAACAAGAGUUGAAGAUAAUGGUAAAGAGGAAAUAGCUGAUGAGAAAGAAGUUGAAUAUGAAAAAGAACAUCAACCAGAAAAAUAUCCCGCAGAACAAGUAGAACAACCAUACGAACAAGGUUAUGAAAACACUGAUCAAAAUUACGCAGAGAAAACUCAACCGUAUUACGAACAAACUGAAGGCUACGAUCAAAACUAUCAGCAGAAUUACCAAGAAGGUCAAUUUGAGAAUUACGAACAGUACCCACAGCAAUAUACUGAUCCAAACGCUCAAUAUGAAGGACAAUAUGAAAAUUACGCCACAGAUGGGACUUAUCAACAAGAAUAUGAUGGGAGCCAAUAUGUGGAUCCUAAUGCGCAAUAUGCUGAUCCCAAUACUCAAUAUGCCGAUCCUAGUACACAAUAUGAUCCGGCUGCACAGUAUGUUGAACCUACCGCAGAAUAUGCAGCACCACAGACAGAAACAGCACCAAUGGAACAAGAAGCACCGACGGAUAGCAAAUUAAGCAAUUCUCCAGCGAAGGGCCAGAGUUAGUUUUAGUUUUUGUGCAAUAUUUGUUUUGUUUGUUGAUUUUUGUGUUAGUGAUAGUUUUAUAGCAUUUAUUCCUACUGAGCUAGAAACUUGGUACAUCUUCUCUUCAUAUUUUUCACAUAUGGAUAGGCCCUAAACAGAGAAAGCAGUUUCCUGCUUGACCUGCUUUCAAUAAUUUUAUUUUUUUCUGUAAUAAAAUUAUGAGUAAGGAUAUAAAAAUACAUAGGUACAUAAAGUAAACGGCGAUAAAAUAUGCUCGUCGGCCUUUAGAAAGAGACAAUUAACGUCACAUAAGCAAGAAAGAGACACCGCUCUACGAUGACGAAAAACCGAUGUGCAAUAAUUAUCGCCGGGUACUGUAAUGUGUUUCUAGUCUUAAAUCAGUUGAUGCUAAUUUCAUACAGGUAAACGCAAAAUAAGAAGGAUGUCUAGUUCAGUAGGAAUUCAGGUUUUAAAGUAUUGUAGAUGCUUUCAAUGUUAGUAUGUUAUAUUGUAUAGAGACAGUAUUUUGCUCAAUACAAAUAAAAUAUAUCCAUAAAG